CGCUCCAGGGGCCGUCGAUGAAUUCCUGCGGAACCCGGAACCGCUCGCGUCUGAGAAUACUCAUGCAUAUCUCCGCUCAGAGAUCGGUCGGCUCUCAUCCCAAAGUGUCCUCGCCGUCAUGCACAAACUUGUUGCGUUGCAUAACACCGCACACGACGUCCGAUCGGCGGAAACACUGCGAAAACUUUCCUACGCAUGCCGACUGAGAGCCCGAGCCCUCAUCGACUCGGAGCAUUCCUUAGCUUUCGAGUUUUCGAUGGCCGACUUACUGUACAGAGUACAUCAGGUCCGAACGGAGUUCCACCACAAGAUGCUCGAUAAGCAGUCGAAGGCCUUGAAGUAUCUAUCGGAAGCUGAUUUCAUUCAGCACCUGUUCUUCUGUCAUUCGGUACGCGCCCUACCAACAGCGACGCAGGCAGCGGUGCCGAUUUUCAUAGAAAACGUCAUCAAAGAUCUGCUCAUAGAUGAGGUUGCACUUAUCUGCUUCGCCUGCUACAAAUGUCAGUACUCGCUCCCAAAGCCGGAGCAUUGGACAAUGCUCAUCGAAGCAUUUCAGAAUCACAAGGGGCCGCUUUCGGACAUCAGCAUGACGGUUUUCGCCAAGUACUUCAGGUAUCAGAAGACUACCAACCACGUAGAGACUCAAAUACUGCGAAAAUUCUUGGACGCGGCUGAAUCGCGGCAGCAGGAUUGGACUAUCGCGACUCAUAUACGAGUGGCCAAUGCAGGCACGCAGAGUGGUCAGUUCAAUGAAGCGAUCGUGACCGGUGCGAUGAGAAAAAUGAUGAAGGAGUUGGGAAAUUGUCGAGUCAAGGACAUAAGCAUGUGCUUAUACUCUUACGCCUUCUUCGACCUGAAACUCUCUCCAUCCGACGCCGGGGCCAUAAUUGAGGAGUUGAAUAAGUCCGAGUGUCAUGUGUUCCAUGUCUGGUUCAUCCGGGCCGUACUCUCGUUGGCUCUCCUCGGUUACUACGAUGAAAGUCUCUUGAUUAAAUCAUUCAAGAUUGAUUUGAUUGAUGUCAGGACGACGCAUCUAAACAGCAGGUUCGAUCUCCACGCUCUUUGGACUGUUUGCAAUAUCAAGUUCCCGAAUCUCGUCGCGGAGAAGAAAGUAUCCGCGCAUGUAAAGUGAAUAACCGGCCGGGAAACUAUAACGAGGUGAAUAUAGUCCGGAGCCUUCUCGAGAGUGAUCUCUGCUUGGACGUGAAGCUCGUCAAUACGCUGGAAGCGUUCUCGGUGAUGGAUAUUUACCUACCGGGGGACGUCGUCGUAGUCUGCCACGCUAGAACUUUCUACUCGAC